UUCUCAAAUUUUUGUAAACGAAAGUACUGGAACAUAUAUAUACAGGAAACGAGAGUCAGUGGUCAAACCCAUUUAGACAAAUCUGAGGGGAUGCGAUAAGGGGACUUACUCUCCGUGAAUAAUGAAGCCAGAUAGAUACAACGGAUUCAUUAGUUCCUAAAUACCUAUGUGGAAGGAUGAGUUCACCGACAAAAAAGAAAACACGACAUGCAUUCGGUGCAACAGCACCCCCCUUUCUAGACUACCUGAAGGACAUCCUGCGGAGGUACCCGGAUGGGGGGCAAAUAUUAAAGGAGCUGAUCCAGAAUGCGGAUGACGCUGGGGCAUCGGAGGUGGUUUUCCUCUAUGAUGAAAGAUGUUAUGACAGCCAGAGUCUCAUGACUGACGAGCUGGCAAAGUAUCAAGGUCCAGCACUGUAUGUCUUCAACAAUGCAGAGUUCACAGCAGAGGACUGGCAAGGCAUUCAGACCACUGGCCGCAGUGUCAAACGCAAAGACCCAAACAAAGUUGGCAGGUUUGGGAUCGGAUUCAACUCUGUCUACCACAUAACAGAUGUGCCAUCCAUAUUCAGUUCCAAGUACCUUGGCUUCCUGGACCCCCAAGAGAAGCUUUUCGGAGAGCGAAUUGGAGGCUUUAAGUUGUCUCUGGAAGAUAAGGAAGACAGUGAAACUCUCUGUAAUCUGCAUGAUCAGUUUCAACCAUUCAGAGAUGUUGUCAACGAAGUCAGUGGCCAAAGAUGGAUGGACAUCAUCCAGGAAGAGCAGCAUUUUAAAGGGACACUGUUUAGGUUUCCUCUGCGUCGUGAGACCUCUGAUAUCUCUGAUAACAUCUAUGAUUCAGCCAAAGUAGUUCAGCUUUUUGAAAGCUUCAUUGCAGAUGCAGACAUAAGCCUUCUGUUCCUAAGGAAUGUGUCAUCAGUGGCCUUGAAGCACAUCGACAUCAAAGGAUCUGUCACCACCUGGCUCACAGUGACCUCCUCCAGCCCCACAUGUGAUCUGAAGACGAGGAAAGAGUCAAACGUCAAGGACUCAACCUUCUUCAAAACCAUCAUCUCUACAUCCAAAGAAAAGGAGCAGACUGUCACCAAGUGGCUUGUGGCAACAUGCUGCAUGAAAGAGGGAAUUGUACCAGAGUUAGAUUCACUGGCAAAGAAGCUAAGCUUCCGCCCUCAAGUUGACUUAGCAUUCCGAUGUGGCCAGGAUAGGCAUGGCUGGAUGGAAGGCCGGCUGAGCUGCUUCCUGCCCCUUCCAAACAAUGACUCCAAUAGGACUGGACUCCCAGUCCAUGUCAACGCCUGUUUUGGCCUCACAGACAACAGGAGACACAUUAAGUGGCAAGAGGAAGACCAAAAGUAUGACGAAGCUGCAAUGUGGAACGAGCUGCUGGUGAAGGAGGUCCUUCCUCACACAUACAUAAUGAUGCUGCAGGAUGCAACCAACCUCGCCAAGACCACCACUCUUCCUGUGUCCUCUCUGUACAGCAUCUGGCCUGACCUCAGUCAGACCAAACACCAAGACAAAUGGCAUGCAAUUGCUAAAGACGUUCUACAUCGUUUAUUCAAAAAGAACACAGCUGUCUUCUCUCUAGCUAAAGACGAAAGACAGUUUGUAUGUCCAUCAGAUGCUUUAUUUCCAUCCGAUGACACCAAGGCUUCUGAAACAAUGACUGCUGUGACAAAGACAUUGAUUGCAGGAGGAGAAAAGCUUGUCACUUUCCCAGAUCAUGUGUCCACAGCUAUCCAGCUGGCCUUCCCAAAACCUGACACACUACAGUGGGUGACUCCAGCUCUUGCAAGAGAUGUCCUCCGUAGGGGUGUUGUGUCCAUCCUGUCCAGCAAUGACAAACGGUUGCUUCUGCAGUACAUCAUGAGUGAUGAGAAUUACCAGGACCUCAGAGGUCUGCAGAUGCUACCUGUCAGUGAUGGGACUUUCAAGACAUUCACAAAUGAAGACAAGGACAUUGCUCUCAUUGACAAUGAAGACUUUCCAAGAGUACUGCUGCCUGGUUGCAGAGACCUGUUUCUGCUUGAUGAUCUCAACCCCACCAGCAUCCACCAAUUAAAGAAACUAGCUGCAACAAAAACAUUCAAUAUUUCCUGUGUGGAUGCUAAAAUUGUGGUUGCAUUGGCCAAGAAGACACUUCCAAAAGACUGGAAAAAGUCACAUACUCAUGUCACCUGGAUGGUGGGAAGGGAUGACCAUCCACCCUUGAAGUGGCUUCGAGAGUUCUGGAAAUGUCUCAACACUCACUGGGUAGAUUUGAGAUUGUUUGAAGGCAUGCCACUGAUACCCAUUGAGCCACUCCAAAAUGCUAGCCAUACUGUCAUACUUGCAAGACUACAAAAUAAUCCAACAAUGAUUUUCCAGAAAAUCAAGCAAAACAUCUUACCAGACGAAAUUGUGAAAAUAAUUAAGAAGGUUGGGGGAACAGUUGUAAACAGGGAUGAAUGUUUGAGGCAUCAAGAUCUUGACUCAUAUGUACUACCACCAUCACCACAAAAUACUCUAAAGGUAUUUAUGAACUUAAAAGCAAGUCAGGUCAUCAGUGGAAUCAAAUCUGCUCUUCCCAAAGAGAAAGAGGAAAUCAAAGCCUACCUCUUCACUCUGGGGUCUCUUACAGCUGAUCAGAGAGACCUGCUCUCAAAGGUGCCUCUCUUCCAAUCAAUGGCCGGAGAAUAUGUAGCAGCAGAGUCCAAGCAGGCUGUGCUCCUAGAUUCGAUUCCAGCUUUCAACACUGAGCUCCCCACGCCGGAAUCCAUUAUCCGCUGUUCAACUGAAGCCGAUCGCAGGCUGCUAUUGCUGCUCAAGGUUGAUCUCCUGGAUACCGCUCAGGCGGCUAUUCACUUGAUUGCUGGAAUUGAGAGGAGGUCUUUCAAAGAACAAGAGACAGUGAGGAUCAUGACCUGGAUAUUACAGCAUGGCAGUAUUCUCUUCUUACAGAAUGAGACCUUGUACAGAAAAUGUAAGGAUUUGAGCUUUAUCAAUGUAAACGGAGGAAAGUUGAAGAAGACCUCCGAUGUUUUUGAUCCAAACAAUAAAACCUUUCAAGUCCUGUUUGGAAAAGAUUUCUUUCCUCCACCUGUGUUCACACAAACCUCUCAGAUGCUUGACAGUUUAAAACGUCUUGGAUUGCAAACACAGGAAAAAGAUGUCUCCGCAGAGAACAUAUUGCAUGUUGCCACCCACAUUGAAAAAUCUGGUGUUCACUCACAAAAUGCUUUAAAAAAAGCUGAAACUCUUCAAAGACUGUUGAAUGACAAUGACCUGCUUUCCCAGUUCUCUGAUCAUCAGCUGGCGUGCCUGUCACAGCUUCCAUGGAUCCCUUGUGAUAACCCUUGCAUGACGACAGAAAAGAACAAUGGUAAAGGUUUCUACAAAACAGAAGAGGUACGACAUUUAAAAUAUGAAGGCAUUGUAGGGCAUGUCAUGCCUCUUACAAGAGACUUUAAUGCGAAAGUAAGCAGCAUACUGGGUCUGUUACGCAUCCCCCCUGCUGACAAGGUAAUAGAGAAUCUGUCAUUACUGGUAGAUAUGGUCCAGUCAAUGACAGAUCCAGAUACAGACAUGCAGUUUAAAGCCAAGCUGCAUAGCAUUUACAAGUACAUGCAAGAUCACAUUUCUGAGGUCAGGGAAGUGCUGGAAAAUAAAUGCAUACCUUGGGUGUGGAUCCACAAGCAUUUUGUUUCUCCUUGGGAUGUAGUCUCAGCCUAUCCACCCGGUUUGGAUCUGAGCUCAUACAUUGACAAGAUACCAGAGGAAUUUCUAGUAUACAACACCUUGCUAACAGAGUUUGGAGUGAAGAAAUUACCAUCAGAGAAAGAAAUAGAAGAAGUCCUUUGUGACAUUAAAAAGACCAUUGAAGAAAGGCCCCAAGGUUUUGGUGAACCUUCAGAGCUAAAAGUGUCAAUAGCCAUUCUGAACUGGAUGAGGAAGGAGAAGAAGAGUAUCAAGGAUGAUGUCCCAGUCCCUGUUAUGGCAGGGAGUAAAAGAUUCAACCUACAACCCUUGUCCAAGACUGUGUUUUGUGACAUAAGCAGGGACUGUCUGGAAGAUCUACAUAACGAUCCAGAGGAGAUUCAUGUAAUCCACGAAGAGAUUCCACCAGCUACAGCAAGGUGGCUGAACAUCCCAUUCCUCAGCACCCGGAUUUUGCGUCCGGAGUACAUUGGAAUAGAACAGUGUGGUCAGUCAGAGCCAUUAACUCUGAGAAUCAGGAACAUUCUGAAGGAGUAUGAUGAGGAAAAUGACAUCUUCAAAGAGCUCAUUCAGAAUGCUGAAGACGCAGGGGCAACCACCUGCAAGUUCAUGGUAGAUUUCAGGGAUCAUAAAGACCCUGUAGAAAGCCUCAUAGACCAAGGAAUGGCCCUCUGUCAGGGCCCGUGUCUCUGGGCCUUCAACAAUGAGCUCUUUACUGAGGAGGACUGGGUAAACAUACUAAAAAUUGGAUCUGCCUCCAAGGAAAACAAGGUUGAAAAAAUAGGGAAGUUUGGACUUGGAUUUAAUGCUGUGUACCAUGUCACUGAUAUUCCCUCAAUCCUCAGUGGCAACGAGCUUCUGAUACUUGAUCCAAAUGUUACACACCUUCAAAAGCACAUACAAAACAAAGCAAAUCCUGGAAUCAAACUCAACUUAUCUCGGAAGCAGCUUAUGCACAGAUUUCCUGGACAAUUCAGACCGUAUGAGCGAAUUUUUGAUUGCAGUCUUUCAAAAGAAAGCACUCAGAAAUUUUACCAGGGCACACUUAUAAAACUACCUUUCCGGACACACGAGGAGGCUGUUAAGUCAGAAAUCAGUGGUAAUGUUUAUGACAAAGAUCACAUACUAAAAUUUCAACAGGACCUGACCAACAACUCACAAACGCAUCUCCUCUUUCUGAAGAACAUCCACAUGUUAUCUCUUCAAAACCUCCCGGGCUAUGCUUCCACUCCUCCUCAUGACGAACAAAUAGAAACGGUCUUCACUGCCACCAAAAAGGUUGUGAAGACAAUCAAGAUUCCAGAGAACUAUGGAAGGAUGCAGCAGUAUGCCCUGGAAUCUCUGAAGAAGCGUGAUGCAAAAUGCCAAAAGGUAAUUAACUGCCACAACGCCAACAUAGCUGAACUAUCUCAAAACCUUUGUGAUGAAUCUGAUGUCCAGUUCUGGCUCCUGUACAAUUGCUUUGGCACACAUACAUCUUUACAAAUUGGUCAGACAGACAACAAUCAAACCAAGUUCUCUAUACCAAUCGGAGGUGUUGCUGUACCUUUAAAGAAAGACCCACAGACUGAGAAAUGGAUGCCACGAGAGACCAAUCUGGUGGGCCAGGCAUUCUGCUUUCUCCCCCUCUCUGUUGCCACAGGGCUCCCAGUGAACCUGAACGGAUCAUUUGCUGUGACCUCUAAUCGAAGAGGUCUAUGGGAAAGUGGAGUAAAAUAUGAAUGGAAUCGAGUUCUCCUACAGGAUGCUGUUGUAACUGCAUACAUCACUACACUGCUAGUGCUGAAGAUUAUGUCAAGUAAUGGAAACCUUCAGCAUUACCAGUACCACACCUUUUGGCCCAAUAGUGAGAGUGUGAGCAAACCCUUCAAACCUUUGGUUGAAGCAUUUUACUUGGCUGUUUCUCAGAAUGACAUUGGCAAAUCUCUGGAGCUCUUUAGUGAUGGGGUAAACUGGUGUUCGAUAGAAAAGGCUAGAUUUCUUCACCCAACGAUCCAAGAGGACAAAAAGGUUGGAGAUCUUGCAAUGAAGGUGUGUCAGAGCAAUCCAAACACAUCUUUCCAUGUUGUCCCAAUGCCACAGUGGGUGAGACAGAGCUUCAAGCAGACUGGCUUUGAAGAGAUUUUACAGCAAAAAACAUUUGACUGGGAAGCCUUUUACCAAGAAGUGGUAUUCAACAAUCUGAGCACUAUGGAGCAGGAAAGUAGAAAUGCCCUUGUGCUGUAUGCUAUUGAUCUAAAUGAUAAUUCCAUUGACCGUCUACUGAGGAGCUACCAAUGCAUUCCUACAAAGAAAGGACAACUCCAGUUCAUAAACAAACUUGUAAAUCCCUUUGGAAAAGUGGCAUGCUUAUUUGAGCAAGAGGAGGGACGGUUUCUUGGGGGAACCAAGGAUAACUUUUGUUCUGCUAAAAGGAUUCAACGUCUGACAGAGCUGGGGAUGUUGAGUGACCAGCUUCCUUUGGAGGACAUUACAGAGAGAGCUAAAACCAUUGCCAGCACAUGGCAAAAAGACAAAGAGAAAGCAUACAAGCAUGUUCAAUGUAUCCUGGAGCUGAUAAGGGACUCCUUACAGGAUGAGGCCUCGCCUCACUGGAAGACUCUGAGAAACACAGAGUUCAUUCCAGCAUGUACUCCAGUAAAUAGAGUGAAAGUGAAGGAUAGGGCAGUCGAACUUCAGAAGCCUUCUGAAAUUUACAAUGACAGAUGUCGCCAUCUAGUGGACAUGACACAGUCUGUGUUAGACUCUUCAAAUUUGAAAAUACACAGUGAUGAUGCAGUGUUACGCAUACUGGGAAUUUCUGAAAGCCCAUCACUUGAGACAGUGUUUCAGCAGCUGCAGGAAGUAUCUAAACAUUCUGAUAAAUGUGACGAACAGAUGCUCUUCAAUAAAGCCCAUGAAUGUUACAGAUUUCUGAAUGAAUCACUGCGUAAUGAGAAAAAAUCGGCAGAGAUUUACGAGAGGGCACAUUCAUUUCCGUUUAUUCUGGUUGGAAACAGGUUUGUGGAUGUACAGUCUGUGGCAAAGAAUGAGGAAUUUGAUGCUAAACCAUAUCUUCAUGUAAUUCCACCUGCCUUCGCUGUUUUCAAGGAUCUUUGUAAAUGUCUAUGCAUAAAAAAGCAUUUUACUCCAGAACAGGUUCAUGGUGUACUGCAGAACCUCAAACUACGCUACGGUGUCAGACCCAUUUCUAAAAAUGAUCUUGAGGUCUGCUUGACAAUAAUCCAAAGAGGAUUAUUUGACAACAAAAAUGAAACCCAAGAUAUUUGUCUCAUACCAGAUGAAAAUUGUGUUUUGCAGCCAUCUAAUCUGCUUUACUUCAAUGACAGUCCAUGGAUGGAUUUGUCAGAGGAUCUGACUUUGUGCCAUGAAAAAAUCCCUCGUGCCAUUGCACUUCAUUUUGGGGUCAUCACAACCAGACACUACACACUGAAAAAGUAUUCAGUAGAGAAUUUCUCCUCACCAUUUGCUGAAGAGUUUGGACAACAUGAGAAGCUGACAGUUCGCAUAAAAAACAUAAUCGCAGCUUAUCCUUCAAAGAAGGACAUCCUGAAGGAGCUCAUCCAAAAUGCAGAUGAUGCCGAGGCGACAGAAAUUCACUUUGUUUGGGACAAAAGAAAACACAGCACAAAAAGAACAUUUGGAAGCAGAUGGAAUCCACUGCAGGGCCCUGCACUGUGUGUUUACAACAACCAGGUGUUUUCUAAUGCUGAUCUGAGAGGAAUUCAGCAACUGGGGGAAGGUGGAAAGCACAACAUUCCAGGGAAAACUGGAAAAUAUGGACUUGGAUUUAAUGCAGUCUACCACCUGACUGAUUGUCCAUCCAUCCUAAGUGGUGACCAAUGGCUCUGCAUAUCUGAUCCCAAUUUGAAGUAUGUUGAAGGUGGAUCACGAGAAUCUCCUGGCCGCAAAUACACAUUGAAGGAGGAAUUGAAGAACACUUUCAUGGAUGUAUACAAUACAUUUCUUCCAGAUGAAUUUCCUCUUAAAGAUGGCACUAUGUUUAGGUUCCCCCUCAGGACAGAUGACAUGGCUAAAACUUCAGAGAUAUCAAACAAUGAAGUCAAUGACGGAGACAUUAAAGAACUGUUCUCAGCUCUUCGUGAAGACCCUGAGGGAUUGAUAAUUUUCUUGAAGAACAUCAGGAAAAUACAAUUACAUGAAAUCAACCGAGACACAGUAAAGCUCAAGACAACAUUCUCAAUUGAAAAAGUUUUAAAUGAGAACAGCCAUGCUGAAAGGAUUUCUUUUCAAAACCUUGUACAACAGUCCCUGCUAUCCAACAAACCAGCUACACCACAUGAAGCAAUUUACAAAGUCAGCAUUUCAUCAACGGGUUCAAGGCAAAGCCACUGGAUCAUUGCAGAGCAGUUUGGCUCGUUGAAAGGAAAACCAGAAAUGAAAGAACAGACUGGCAGAGUUCCCCAGGCAGCUGUGGCAGCAUGUGUUCACCCACAGUCGAAACAUGAAAACUUCACUGGACAAGUAUUCUGCUCCCUGCCCUUGCCUGGUACCACUGGACUUCCAAUCCAUGUUAAUGGUGACUUUGAGGUAGACUCCUCAAGGCGAGCCCUCUGGAAAGCAGAUGGGAAAAGUUUGAAGACGGAUUGGAACAAGUCUCUCAAACUGAACAUUAUCUCACCAUUGUAUGCUAGCCUUCUCAGUUACAUCUGCAACCAAAGGAAAUUGAAAGCCAGUUCCAUACAUCUAAUAGAUUCAGGCCUUGACAGCUCCUGCUUGUUUUUCUUUCCCACCAUUACCAAAGAUAUUGACUUAGAUUGGCAAGAAAUGAUUCAUGAAGUCUACAGAUCAGUCAAUGAAAGAGAACUCUGUGUUGUUCCAGUACUACGCAGCUCAAUACGUCAACUUGCAGGAGUACAACUUAAGGAGUACACUGUUGACUGGUCAAGUGUAGGCAAGGUGGAACCAACGAAAGCACCUCAUUUGAUUGUUGAAAAUGGAACCUUGGUUUCUAUUUUAGAAGAUAUUGGAAUGCAGUUAGUUCCUUCAACCACAGAAAUGAAGAAAAUAUGGACCAGCUUCAAAAUGGCUGGGGUUGAAGUGAAAAGUGUUUGUCCUUCGACUGUGGGAAACUACCUGAGAAAUAAACCUCUAAAUGAUCCAUCCCAAACUGAAUUAGAUUUACCUCUUCCAAUUGACAAGACUUUGAUCAGAAACAAAUAUCGAUGCUCCAUACUGUUGGAGUAUUGUAUUGAAAAAGUUGGAGUUAGCCAAAGUAAUUGCAUUUCAGACAGUGGACGUAAAAAUCAUGCUAAGAAGAAGAGUUCCAUUUCAGGACUUCCACUGCUUCUCACCCAAGACCAGACUCUUCAAGUUUUUGACCCUGACUUUCCCAAGCUUCUCUCACCAUUUUACAGGUUGUUUCUUGGACAUGAAAAAGAAUUUGCUGAUUUUGACACAAACUACAAGCAUUUUGAUGUCCUACGAGAGGGACACUUUCUGAAAGAUUUGACUAUGCCUGUUGCAGAAAAGUAUUUGCGACCCAUACUUCUGCGCCUUCUUAAAAACUGUGAAACUGAGCCACACUCCAAGUUAUAUGUUCCAGACAAGACAGUUCACUCAUGGCUUAAAGAGCUGUGGAGAUUCUUUGAAAUACAUUUGGUGUCAAAUGGUGUUGAUAACCAAGCUCUGGUGUCCAUCAAGGAGUUGUUCGCUCACUGCCCUAUUUUGCCAGUUGUGUACCCAAGACAAAACAACAAACAUGUUCUCCAAACAAUGAGGAAGAUGUCCAGUGUGAUUUCAUCCUCAACGGAAAUAUCAUCAAUUCUCCUGAAAGUAGGUUUCAUGGAACUGGAUUUUUCUUUCUUUCUAAAACAGACACAAUAUCUAGUCACGGAGCUCUUGAACACAAAUGAUAAAUCGGCUGUGUUGGACCAAGUCUACCAGCUGGAUCAUUCAGAAUUUCAGCAUCUUUCUUUCAAUGAGUUGAAUAAACUUCAAAUUUUCCUACAGUCUGGGAUAUGCUCAUCGAAAAACAAACAGGACUACCAAAGCAAAUUAAAGUCAUUGCCUCUAUUUGAAACCAUACAGGGGGAACGACGGCGGAUUGAUGGACACAUGAAUGUAUUCAUCCUCAACACAGAGUUCAAGGAAACAUUUCCAGAUUUGUACAUGGCGGAAGCCAACAACAUUUUUCUCAAAUACAAUCUUGAAAAUCAAAGCUUAUCAGAAUACCUGAGCAUUAAAAUCUUAAGUGAUUUGGAGUACUAUGUACAGUUCAUUCUGCCUUUGCUCCACAAGCUAAAUGUGUACCAACUUCUCCAGUCUGUUCAGUUAUUGUUGUCACUACAAUCUAAAGAAAACUACAGACUGUACCAGGAUAAUAUUCUCUCUACAAUGAGAAAUGUGAAAUUAAUUCCUGAUAUCCAUGGGAAUCUGCAGAUGGCCUCCUACUUCUACGACGAGAAUCAUGUCCUAUACAAGGUCAUGCUGCCACAAGAGAAAUUUGUACCAGAAAGCUUUUGGAAUAAAUUCCAGGACAGAUUAUAUUUUCGAAGUGUAAAGAUUCAAGUGAAGAAACUGCUUGAAGAACUUGGACUGAAGAGCACUGUGGCAGAUAAGGAGAUAAUUGAGUUUGCUCAUCAAAUUGAAUUGGAAGCAAAAGGCACCUCCAGCCUCCAAGAGCUGAGAAAGAAGUCCUCAACAUUGUUUGAAACUAUUUUGAAAAGAGAUUUCAAAGAGGAAGCACCAGACUUUCUGAAAACUGUUGCGAAUAUCAAGUUUGUUUUUCCUGUAGAUAUUCAGGACAAGUUGUGUCAAUACCACAAAUCAUUUGCAGGAGAGAGGACUUUAGUUUCAAUCAGUGAUUGUUUAAUUGAAAAAGAUUUCACACAACAAUGUCUGAUUUGGACAUCUAUGCCAAUACUACACUUGGUAACAUGCACUGACAAGCAUCUCCUGAUGAUGAAGAAAGCAGGUGCUGUUGACCAACCGCCUCCUGAAAAAGUGACAGAGAACCUCAGAAACGUAUGUCAGUCCCCUUGCCAAAUUCCUGACUUAGUUAAAACCCGAGCCGAAGUGUUCCGGGCAUCUUAUACAUAUUUACAAACCGUAGACUUUGACCCCAAGCCAUUGACUGACCUCCCUGUGGUCCUGGUGGAAGAAGAUUCUGUACUUGUAAAGAGCAAGCAAACAGCUCUGGUACUGCCUAACCAUGUGGAGUUUCGGCCCUAUUUGUAUUGCAUUCCUUCAAAAGAUGUCAUGUUUUCUGAAUUCUUCAAGAAAAUUGGAGUAAAUUCUAAGGCUACUGCAACACAGUAUUGCAAUGUCCUAAAAGAUAUCCAUGUAGAUUCCACCAACAAGCAAACGCUGCAGCCGAAUCAGGAGAAAACUGUCAGGCGGGCCGUGGAGCAACUAUUUCGUGAACUGCAAGAAAAUCCUUUGAGCUCAGAACUUCCUGAAGUCUUGUAUCUACCUUCAACCGAUGGCCGACUGUACCUUUCAGACUCACUGUAUUUCAACGACACAGUCUUCCAGGCAAGCAGAUGGCAGACUGCCCUUAAAAACCAGUUGAACCUUCUGGAGAGACUAAGCAGCUGCCAUUUAGAGAAUGACCUGUAUGAGCAGAAAAAAAUGCUGGAGCUGUUUCCCAUGGAAAUACGACCUAAAAUGCUCUCCAAGAUUAUAGCAGAGAAUGUGUUAGAAUCUAACAUGCAGCUGUGUGAGUACGGGGAGGGCUGUGAGUUCAGUGGAUGGUUUCAGACACAUCUGUCCUCUGCUCCUUUCAUGCAUGGUCUGGUCUGUCUCAUCAGAGCACAGUGUCAGGGCAAGGUAUCACAAGACGAAGCUACCUCUAUGUGUCAGAAAACAUUCGGCAGCAUUGAGAUUACCUGCUGCAAGACCCUUCAAACUGUGCUUCUGCUUAACCAGAAGCUACUGAAUGACACCACAGCAAUGACACAGGUGUACGUCAAAAAGGGCCAGCAAGGUUGCACCUUCUUCUUGAAACACAGUGACGACCUGGCCCACAAAGUGAAGAGCGAGGUCAUCAUGAGACUAAGUAAAGAGAUGAAUGCCCUUCUAAAUAACAUUCUCAGCUCAAACCUUCUGCUAGUUCUCGGACAUCUUCUCUCUUGUGAUAGCAUGGAAGAGGUCAAGAAGGCACUGGAGCAGAAUGAAAUCCAUGACAGCACUGAUACGGAGGACUCCCUGAAAGGGCCACCAGAACCAGGAACCCCUAUUCCUGAAGAAUGGCAUGAUGCCCUUGACAUGAACUUCCUCAACAACUACGAAGAAGGGGAAUAUGUAGGCUUUAAAAAGACUGCUGAGGAGGACGAUUAUUGCUAUGCAGUUAUAGUGGAACAGCAACGUGAAUUAACUGGCCAAUCACUGACCUACAGAUACAAAAUACAGAUCGGAAAAGAUGUGAUCGAAGUCGGUGCCCUUGAUCUCUACCAAUUCAAACGAGAAACAAAGUCUUUCUCAUCCUCUUCCACUAGAGCAACAUGCAUGGCAGUGGUACAGCUGGCAGAAUCUGUGCCACAGUCAUCACCAACAAAGACAAGAACCCGAACCAUGCCAGAGUCAUUGGAAGAAGCAAAAAAGGAAAUAGACAAAUGUCUUGCAGAGAUCUGGACUCUAUGUGAGGAUGAGAGGCUCAAGGCUAUCAAACGCCUCUAUCUGAGAUGGCACCCGGACAAAAACCCAGACUGCCAACAGCUUGCCACUGAGGCAUUCAAGUAUCUGAAAAAUAGAAUUGACGAUCUUGAGAAUGGCAGGACAGGAGAACCAUCAUCUCAGCAGGGGAACACAACUUUCCAUAACUUCUACAAACGGUGGAAUGAAGAAGCUUACCGCCACAGGCGUGGAAGAGAGGGCUUCCACAAAGCAAGGGGCCACUAUACCAGAUACAACUUCUACACAUACCAUGAAAAUGUACCACAGCCAAACCAAACGGAGGCUGAGCGCUGGCUCAGACAAGCCCAGUGUGAUUUAGAUGCUGCUCACAACGACACAGGAGGCAAGGCAGCAGAGUGGACUCUGUUCAAGGUUCAUCAAGCUGUGGAGAAAGCUCUGAUAGCAGCCCAGUACAAAAGACAUGGACAACAUUCCAAAAACUGCUCCAUAUCUACCCUGGUUCAGCAGGUGUCUGGCUACAGUCUCCACUUAAACACUCUACCCAGCAUUGUGAGUCAACUGAAACAGCUGGGAGUUGACCCCAAGACCACCCAGUACCCAAACUACCACCCCUCCCCUAUCAUUCCCAACAGCAGGUUCAAGCAUGAAAAUGAAACAGAAGUGAUAGACAUGGCAUCAAAGCUGCUUUGCAAAAUACAGAUGUAUAUUAAUUGAAUACAUAGGUUACAUUGUAGAUUCAAGACAUAAGUUAGAUUCUGACACUGUAGCUCAGUUUUUAUGUAAUUUACAAUGCCAGGGUUUUCGGUUCUAUUCCUGGGGGCGCCAGUAUAAAGCCUCGCUGUAACUUGUUCUGGAUUAGAGCAUCUGUGAAAUCACUAAAAUGUUAAAUAUGCAUACAUAGAAAACCAUGUAAACUGUAUUUGGUGUGAUUUGUUAUUACUGUGUGUAACGUUUAUGUUACAGGUAUAUUACACUCAAUAGCUUUAAUCACUUUGAUGAAGAGUCAAUUAGGUUUUUGAUGGUAAAACAGAGCCACUGUAACUACACUGAUGCCUUUUUGGUUUCUAAGAUUUAACCUUUAGUUAGCUCUCUCCAAUUAUCUGAAUGUAAAAAACAACAGUCUUUUUUGAUGUCAUGCGUACAUACCCACACACUGAUGCAGCCGCCACCAUGCUUGGAAAUUAGUUACUGAUGUGUGGGGAGUUUUCUUUUUUCUGUACUACUACCUUAAAUAAAAUGUAAAAAAAUUAUUUGACAUUCA